UGAAACAAGAGAUGUUCCAGCUGCUCCAGCAAGGGCCUGAGCACCCCUGUGAGGACGCUAAAAAGACAAGGUUUUGUGUCCAGAGGUGCCCCGUCACCCUACAAGCUGAUUUCUGAAAGGGCGGACUGAGGCAUAUCUGCUUCCCAUGGGGGUGACCUGGGUCUGGGACCUUAGGCCGGAUGAUCGUGAAGGUCCCUUCUGAGUAAGACUCCAGGGUGUGUUUAUCCGGGUUUAAAACAUUGGGAGCUUUGAGCGUGUGCUGGCUUGUUUCCUUUCUGGAAUUCUCCUGGGAUAUAAUCAAGACGCUUACCUGGCUCUUUAAGUCAACUGUCUGGUCGACUCAGGUGUGGGUGAAGCAUAAGGUGUGGGGAACAGCAGGGUUGUUUACAUUCCUUGCUUCUGAAAAGUCACACGGGCCACCGGCAAGAAAUGAAAGUGAAAUCAGGGGACAGUGUCACCAGUCAGCACAAACGUGCCAGAGUUCAGAGAGCUGUUUACUUAGGCACAACUGCGCCUGCCAGCCGGUCAUAAGCUCGGGGCUGCGUGCAUCUGCCGCUCCCCUCUCCGCUGCCCCGGGUCUGGAGCCUGCCUUUGGGAAGCCGGCGACAGAGAUCGGACAGUCAACCGAACCUGAUUUCCUGCUCCUCCUCUUAGGAGCCUUGUGUGGGUUCUGCAUCUUCUUGUUUGUGCCCAGGAAGGCGGCGCUGUGAAGGGCGGGGAGGAUGCCCGCCCUCAGGUGGAGGCGCGGCGCCCAGCUGCUGUUCCCGGGCAUCGUGCUGCUCACGGCCACCGUCAUCUUCCUGCUGUUCUACGCGCUCCUCUGGAAGGCCGGCAACCUCGUCGACCUGCCCGACCUCCGGAUCGGCUUCUACAACUUCUGCCUCUGGAACGAGGGCACGGGCGCCCUGCAGUGCUACCAGUUCCCCGAGCUGGAAGCCCUGGGGGUGCCCCGAGUGGGCCUGGCCCUGGCCAGGCUGGGCGUGUACGGGGCCCUGGUCCUCACCCUCUUCGUGCCGCUGCCCCUCCUCCUGGCCUGGUGCAACCAUCACGAGGGAGAGUGGCAGCUGGCGGUGGGCUUCCUGGCCACGGCCUCCGCGCUGCUGGCCAGCGGCCUGGGCCUCUUCCUCACCUACACGUGGAAGUGGCUCAGGCUCUCCCUCCUGGGGCCCGGCUUUCUAGCUCUGGGCGCUGCCCAGGCCUUACUCAUCCUCGCGCUUAUGGCCACGGCUGUGUUCCCUCAGAGGGCAACGGACAAGAGCUUGGCAGCUGCCAGUCCCGUCUAAAGGCUGACGUGGUCGUAAGCGUUUGAACCACGCUCAGAGGAGGUGCCAGAGCAUUUCACAGGCUGGUCUAUCUUCUCGGCCAUCCUGUUUCAUAGCUACUGCUGAUCUCGAGCUCGGGCAGACAGGACCCACCGCGGAGCGGGUGGGGCCCCCCAUGUUAAGGGGGACAAGAGGCAGUGCGGGCGGCCAGGGCUCCUUGCUUCAUAGUGUAGGGCUGUCUGUCCCUCGGGCCUUCCAGGUUUCCUAGGAACACCCGAAAACCACGCACCUCAUUGUCACAAGAAUUCCUGCUUUAAUUAACUGACCUGUGCGAGCCAUUCUUCCUUCAUCCUCAGAACAAUGGGGGAAGAAGGCUUCCUGUCAUGGGGCCAGGUUUCCAGGAUGAGCUGCCAAAAGCCAGACUGGAAGCCAGUGAGGAUUUAUGAAGGAAGACCUCAGUGUCCCUGGGGGCCCUGGUUAGCAAGCCCCCCAUCUCCAUCCAAACUGGGUAGGAUGCAGGGAGCCCCUGGCCUCCGACACCCGCCUCAGGAAUGAUCUGAGUGAUCCACCGAAGACAAAACCCAUGGGCAGAAAGAGCAGGCUUGGUGGCUUCAGAGGUUCCCCUGACAAGUGUGCCAGACCUGAAACCCGACAGAGCAGGGGGUCAGUUGGCAGACGGCGCCCAGCACGCAGCCAGGGAGUUCAGGAGCCGAACACACCAGAUCCCUGGUCACAGAGGAAGGUGAAUGAACAGGACUGAACGGUUCCACAUCCACGUAAACGCUGCACCCCUUCACCUCUCACCCCGGAACCAGAAAGGACACAAACACAACUCACGCCACGGGGGGAUUCUGUGUAUUUUUUAGCACCCAUGUAUUGAAAACCUAGACAGCAAGUGGUCGCCUCAUUCUAUGCCUGUCAAAAGCUGCACUGAAUACAGAGGCCAAAACACUC